GGCCCAAAAAUGCCAUUACUAAGCCAAUGAGCUCCUCUACAUCGACUUUCAUGGAAGAGCGUCUUCUCAUAACAUUAUUCGGAGCAUUCCAGUUUCAGCGUGCGAGAGCAUGAGUGUCAGAAUAGCUACAACGCAGACCAUCCCAAAUUUACGAUUUUGCCACUCUAUCCAUUCUCGUAGCCUCCUAACGAAUCCUACUCUUCUACUAUUCAAGCCCCCUUCUCACUCUCGCCGUCUCCGAGUCAUCCCAUUCACCAUAGUUUCAUCAUCUUCACCAUCAUCGAUGUCUUCUUCUUCAGCGCAAUCUAUGGUAGAGCGUAAACCCUUCUCGGUCCUCUUCGUUUGUCUUGGGAAUAUAUGCCGGAGUCCGGCGGCAGAGGCGGUUUUUCGCGAUAUCGUUCGCAAGAGAGGUCUUGAGCCCAAAUUCGUUAUCGACUCCGCCGGCACCAUUGAUUAUCACGAGGGUAAUCAAGCUGAUCCGCGGAUGAGAUCGGCUGCUAAAAGGAGAGGGAUUGAGGUGACAUCAAUAUCUAGGCCAAUAAGACCGUCGGAUUUCUCUGAUUUUGAUUUGAUUGUAGCCAUGGACUUGCAGAACAAAGAGGAUAUAUUGGGUGCAUAUGAGAGAUGGAGAUUCAAGGAGCCUCUUCCUGAAGAUGGGCCGAAGAAGGUUAAGCUGAUGUGCUCUUAUUGUAAGAAACAUAAGGAGACUGAGGUUCCAGAUCCUUAUUAUGGAGGUUCUCAAGGUUUUGAGAAUCUUGCAGGGCACAUGGUUACAAUAGAAUUAUUGCCCAAAUAUACAGUUGAAAGCUGUGUUUCAGUUGCCAAAUGUUUUAGAUCUCCUUGAAGAUGCGUGUGAGUCUUUACUUGACAGCAUUAUGGCUGAGAACAGCCAUGUUUGUGCUUCAUAGUUUCUGGGGUUUGGAAUUGAAAAAUUUAUUGAUCUUGAAGAAAAGCAAACAAAAGCAAUUAUAUAACCUUUGAGAUGCAUGCCACGGAGUAUUGAGACAGAAUUGGUAUUGGCGAUCUAUUAAGUGACACUUUUUUCGAGAUUUGUUGCUUGGUAUAAUGAACUCUCUGUGUUCUAAUUAGUGAUGAAUCGCUAAAUCUAGUCAAGGUACAUCAUGAUUAAUUAGCCCUUGUUUUCUGUGUUGCGCCAAUUCAUAUAGAACAAACAGCAAAUCAUUGUCUAUCCAAUUGUUGAAGAGCUUUUGGCGUGAUUUCAAGCUUUC